GCUCAUUUUCUAUCAUUAAAUCAAAGUUCACUUUAUUAAAGAAUGAAUAACAACAAAUUAGAGAAAAUUGUUUCUUGUUCACUGAUGUAGUGUUCAGUAAGUCUUUUCAUUCAUGAAUGAUUAUUUAACAAGAUGUGAUGGUGUAGGGAAUGACAACAUAAUUGGGGACAAUCAAAUGUAUUUGAACAUGAAAUUAAAGCACAUCUUAGUAAAAUCUGUGAAGCAUAUAGUAAAAAUAUCAAUCAAUUGUCUCAAACUUGACUAUUCCUUUUGCAAAUAUCAGUCAACCGUCUCAGAGUUCAUUGUUCCUGCAUUUUCAUACGAAUAACUCUCUGUUCCCAUUCUUUUUUUCUUGACCAAACUAUCGUUACAUACUACUUAUGUCGACAUAAGUAGCACACACCACAAUGGUAUAUUAGACAAUAGAAUGAAAUUACAUUCUCAUUAAAAUAUUUUAGAUGUAUCAAGUAUCAAAAGGAGGUUGGCUUGUACUGUCAACAUUAUCGAAAAACUGUGUCAAUAAUAGCAUAUAAAUGAAAAGUAUGAAUCGAUAAUUAUUCAAAAUGUAUUUUUGUUUUAUAAUUAUACUGUGCUCAACAAAAGAAGUUAGUAGUGUACUCAACAAUAAUAUACACAAUCUUUUCAGUGUAGCAAAAUGAAAUGAACAUUUCACAAUGUAUGUAAACAAUUAAUUAAACCCUAAAAUAAAUAAACAAACAAAAAUCCCAUAAUCUCAUGAUCACACAAGUAUUUUAGUCUUAAAUUAACAACAAUUUUUAAUCUUUUCUGAGUAUGAAAUUGACCAAUCAGGAUAAGACUAAGAAUAGAAUGGAUCAAUUUAAUUAUUUUACAAUCGUUAUAAGCAUUUAGAAAAUUAAACAAAUAAGUACUGUAUGUAGAUAUAUAUAUAUAAAGAAAAUAAAUUGCUCAGUAUCCAUGAUUCAAAAUACUAAAUAAACAUAAUAGUUAUGUAAUCUAUUUUGGUAAUAUAAUUAAAAGCAAUAAACAAUUACAAUAUUGAUUUUCAUUCGAAUUAUUGAAUCUUUUAAUUUGGUAACUCUUUCAUGGGAUUAUUAAAUAAUAAUUACGAAUUCAAUUUAUUAUCUAUCUAAUGACCCAGGGAAACUAAUAAAAUAAAGAUAUUUAUUAUCAAAUCAAAUCAUAUGAUAUAAUAUUUAAUGAUGAUCCAUAUAUGGAAAAUUCACAAUAACAUAUGAACUAAUAUGAUUUAUGUUAAAAGUUUUAUGUUUAAAGAAAUAUAGUUUAAAUAGAUUAUCUAGUUAUAUAUGCAUGUACAUAUCAGUUAUCUAUUUACACAGGUUGUCUGUUAUUUCUCCAAUCAAGUCAACUAUAUGAUAUUUCAUUUGUACUAAUGUAUGUAAACAUAAUUCAUUUAUCAUUUAAGUUGACAAACCUAUAUUCAAAUAAUCUUGUUAUGUUAACUACAAUGAAAUUGAUUAAGACAUGAAGCUUUUAUUAAUGGAUUAUCUAAAACUAAUAAUAAUAAUUGUUAAAAGUGAUAUUUGGGCAAGUCAGUUGAUAUUUGAUCAACAUUUGAAAAAUUGGAUUAGUUGAAGUUAGAUAUUAAUACUGUUGGAUGUCGACCGGCUCAGUGGUCUAGAGGUUAAGCGUUCACGCGCGAGACCGAUAGGUCCUGGAUUGGAAACUCGCAGGGUGGGAUUGUGAUGAGCAUUGCCGAUGAGUCCCAUACUAGGACGAAACGGCUGUUUAAUGCUUGCAGGUUCGCUCUAGUGGUCUAGCUUCAAUGAGCUCAGGAAUUCAACUAUUAAAUUGAAAACAUUAUUUGUUUGAUGAAGCAGAUGUGGUGAAAUCCAAUGAGACACACUAGCUCUUCAAAGAUUUAAGAUAUGUUUUCUUAUUAAGAGGAAAAUUGCUGGAUCAUAAGGUAGAUGACUUUUUAACGAUGAUUUUAAAUCACAUGAUGUCACGUUGCCUAAGCCAGUGGUCACACUUAAGUAGUUAUUAUUUAGUUACCAGUCAGUGUGACUUGAACCUUUUCGAAAAAUGUUUUAUUUGAAGAUAAUAAAAAAGUAAUGAGAAAGUCAAGAGAAAAUCUUUAUUGCUUUUAGAAUGAAAUAUCAGAAAUUCAUAUUACUGAGCUGGUGCUUCACUCAUUGAACUAAUCAACUAUGGUUAUAUGUGAAUUCUACUUGUGCUGAAAAACAUUCUUUAUACUGUGACUAUAGAAAUUUAAUCUUCAAUUUUUCUAAUUGUAGUUACUUUAACCCACAUGUGUAAUGAUCGACGUCUUGAGUUAUACAUGUAAUUAUUUCUUGAAUGUUGUUAUAACUCAUUAUGAUACGAUAGAUAUUUGAUAAACUUUAAGCUAGCCAAAUAUAACCAUGAAUUUGUGUAUUAGAUUAUGCUGACAAAACAGCCAUGUCUUACUGGGAAUUCAUUCAAAGAAAAAACAGCUGUACUGUGAACUAUGGUGUUCAAUGGUAUCCUGACUGAGAUUAGUAUGUAACGAAUACAGCCUAUGAAUUAAGUUAGUCUCCAUAAGCCUUCACAACCAACAUCAGUAAAUGUUUGAGCAUAUGUUUUAAACAAGUAACUCUAAAUAUAACACUCAAUAAUUAGACAAUCAGAAAUAGGUAUGUUUGAGAGUUUUAGUCACACAACGUUAAUGAAGCAUGUAGAAACUUAAGUUUCUGUGUGACUUCAAAUACUUCUAAUACAUUUGUACAAUGAUAUAAUAAAAACUGAUGUCACAGGUUAAAAUUGAUAUGAUAUAAGUUGUAUUUGUUUGUAAAUUUGUAAAUGCAUUAUUUGUAACCUUGAAUAACGAAACAAUAGCUUGGAGUACAGUUUACCAAUAUUUCAUAUACUCAAAAAACUUUGAAUAAUCUAUAAGACUUCCGGUUAAUUGUUUGUCUUUCUUUCUGAAUUAUUAUAAACUUAAUUAAGGAGGGUAACUGUUAAGUUAAGGAUGCUAUCGAUUAAUUUUAAUCUCGUGAUCAACUGAAUAAUGGACUACUGAAUGACUUAAGGUUUCAUUUAUCGAUUGUCCAAAAAUAGUUACGUUAGCUCAUGAUAGAAAGAUAUGUGAAAAUGAAUAAUCAUUUAUCUUCUAUUGUUUGAUAUCACUAUAACAUUGCAAAUGUAUUAAUAAGACUAAAAACGAUUGACUAAUUUGUAGUGCUUAUAUUUCUCCAGUAGUUUGUAAUUAGUUAACAUUGUCAUUGAAAUUCAUAUUGUAAAUCGAUUAGAUAGAACUGAUUGGAUUAUUGUCUAAACAGAAUACACAGAAAACUAAUGAUAGAUUUAGUUAAAUUCACAAUCCAUUUGCUGUUUACAUUUGAAUGAUAGGUUGUUAACAUUUUUUAACAGACAAUAAUAAAUGAAUAAGACAUUUUAUAGUAACAAAUUGUUAGUUACUAAAAUAAUGAAUUUCAACUACCGCCCAAUAUUUAUUGAACAGCUAUAGAGUCUAUUCAAAAACAUUCACCAUACCGAAAUGUUCCAACAUUUUUAAAUAUGUAGCAACAUAGAUUAGAGUGCAAAACUGUUAACCUAUGAUGUUACCUGUAAAAAUAAAAUUCAGUGUCAACAGUAUAUGGGAGAUUUAGUCACACAAUGUUAAUGAACCAUGUAGAAAAUUUAGUUUCUAUGUGACUUCAAAUAUUUGAUGUUGAAGGCGCAAAAAUAUAUUGCGUGAAUAUGCCUAGCAAACUUCAUUAGUCUUUCAAAAUGCUUCAAUUAUAAAGUGCAAUUUUUUUCUAGAUUUUUUUCUCAAAAUUAGUGUUUUACCAACUAUUUCCGCUCUUUUUUUAACAAACAAAUUUGCAUUCGUUUAAGUUCAAUUAUCACUUUGUACAUUUAAUAGUAUAUUCAACCAAGUAAUCACUAAGUGGAUUUAUGUUGAUUCAAAAUAAAACAAAACACAAAAAAAACAUUUAAGAAACAUUGCUGUAAAAAGCCUUUGUUCCAGGUCGUUUAGACUAUGAACUUAUCUAAAAUAAUAUAGUCUUUUAAAUGUAAAAGGAUAAAACUACUGAUCACGAUGUCUAUAUAAAAUCUAUACAAACUUAUAGAUAUUGAAACCGAUAAACAAAUCAUAAUACUAAUAGAUGAAUAGUUAGAUAGCUGGUUUUAACCAAAAGAUCCGCUUUAUGAAAUAUUGAUUUAUAAAGUUUACCAUUGACUACUUGGUCAUUAGUGAAUUUCAAGUAAGAAAUCCUUUCAUCAUUCCACUUUUGGUUUGUUUGAAAUAUUCAUCAGUUAAACGCUCGUUGAUUUAAGAAUUACUUAAACGUUGCAUUAUAUUAAAAGUUUCUUUUAUCUUUGAAUUUAUUAUGAAUUCGUCUACAUUUGGAGAGAGUGAAUAAUGGUACCUAUGACAUUGUAAUGUUUAUUUUAUUUAAUAGAAAUGAUUCAAAGAUUUUGUACCAUUGAGAUAGUUUUACUAGAGAUUCAAUAAUGCUUUUAAUAUUUGUAAAUAUUAGUUUCAUAUCAAUGUAUAAUGACUUUAGUCAACUUCAACCAUUAGUAUAAUAGCAACCAGCAUUUUACGCAUUUGAUAUUAUAUACAAUAUCAUAAUGAACAAAUCACUUGACAUACUUGACAUCAAAUAGUUUUAUAUAAAUUUCAAUUCGUUACAAUCAUACAUUGUAAAAACAGAAAAAAAAGGAUAAAAGAAGGAAAAGAAAAGAAAAGAAAUACAGAUUAUAUACAAUACAAUCAACUGAAUGAAUUGAUCCAUUCAAACUAUGAAUAUCUUCAUUAUUAUAAUUAAUCAAUUAUUAAAUCGAAUUCAUCAAAUUAAAAAUAUUAAAUUCAUUAUUCAAUAUUAUUUUUUUAAAAAUAUUUUUCACUUAUGUAUCAUGAUAUUCCUUUUUAAUAUGAUCAUAGUAACUAUUAUCUUUUUACAUAAUAUUGAAGAAUUUCCAAUUCUAUAUCAAGUCAAUGAAAAUUUUUUAAAUAAAUCUAAUCAUACUACUUUAAUUGAUCAAUUCAAUCAUAAAAAUUCUAAAAAUUAUUAUGAUUAUUUUAAAACAUUCAAUAGAAGUUCUAUUGAAACUAUAUUAGCACCAUUAAAUCAUUGUGAUAUGAAAAUGAAUAAUAAUAAUAAUAAUGAUAAUAAUGAUAAUUUAACACAUAUUAUUAUAUUUAUUAAAUCAAGAAUAAAUAAAUUUGAACUACGUCAAACAUUGAGAAAUACAUGGGCUAAUAAAAAAUGUUAUAUUCAUUAUGGUAUUUAUGCUUAUAUUUAUUUUACAUUAGGUAGAGAAAAUCUUACUCAUUGGUUUAAUUCAACAAUACAAUCGAAAUUAUUAUUAGAACAUAAACAAUAUAAUGAUAUAAUACAAUUUAAUUUUAUUGAAAAUUAUUAUAAUUUAACUAGAAAAUUAAUUGGUACCAUUGAAUAUGCUACAUUACAUUGUUUAAAUACAAAAUUUAUUUUAAUUAUUGAUGAAGAUUUUAUAGUGAAUCCUAUUCAUUUAAUUAAAUUAUUAUUAAAUAUUAAUCAUAUAGACUAUUCAACAUAUAUUAGUGGUUAUGUAAUUAAAAAUGGUAUACCAUUUCGUGAAAUUAAUAGUAAAUGGUAUAUAUCAAAAUUUAUUUAUCCAUUUGAUUAUUAUCCAAAUUAUCCACUUGGUGGUACAAUUAUCAUUAGUAGAUCAUUAAUUAAUCAAUUAAAUCAAUUAUUAUAUUCUAUUGAAUUAUUUCCAUUUGAUGAUGUAUUAAUUGGUAUUGUAUUAAAUAAAUUAAAUAUAUCAAUUAUACAUAUAGAGAAUAUAUUAUUUUCAAAGAAUAUUAUUGAUUUUAGACAAAAAUUUAUUACAGCACAUUUUAAAGGAAUUUCAUAUUUAUUAAUUAAUUUAUGGAAAUCAUUACGAUUGGAUAAAUUAUGUUAUAAUUAA